GCCGCACGCGUGGCUGUUCCCGCGGGUCUGGGCCGUCGUGUGCCACGGCGGCAGCGGCACCACGGCGAUGGCGCUGCGGAGUGGCCGGCCGGCGCUCGUGGUGCCCGUCGCCGGGUGCGGGCCCGAGUCCGGGUUCGGGAUCGCGGAGAUGACGGGGGAGAAGUUUGAGGAGCGGCUGAGGGAGCUGCUGAAGCCCGAGUACGCCGCGGCGGCGGAGCGGUUUGCGGAGGGGCUGAAGGGGGAGAGGCCCGGUGAGGAGGUCUGCCUCGAACAGAUCGUGGAGACGCUGGGGGUGUACGAAAGGGAGGGAAGAUGCGCCGUCUACGAUGGGCGGCCCGCGAUCUGGAGAACGCCGGGUGGGCAGCAGCUAUCCGCUGUCGCGGCGCAUGUUCUUGUCGAAAACGGGAGGGUGAAAGGGGAGGAUCUGAGGGCAUUGAACCUCGUCAAGUGGCCCGACCUGGUCAGUCCUGGAGACCCGGUCACGGGGCUGGUUUUGGGGAUCGGGCAAGCACUUGGGAGUGUUGUGGAGGGUGCGGAAGGAGGGCACUGGGGAAAGCUGGGACUUCACAUACUGAGAGCUGCCCUGACGAUCCUCGCCUUCGUGGCGUCCGGCCUCUUCAACCUCCUCGACUUCAUCUUGUACAAGCUCGCGCCACCGUGCGAGCCGAAACUCUAUGCGACCAAGCCGCGGACCUAUACGUACGUGCAGAUGCUCAGCUUCCUCGUCGCCGCACCCCUGGUCGAGCUCGCGUCGGGCGUCUUGCGGCCGCCGGUCCUCGCGCGGACGGGACGGGGCGCGUUGAGGGCGGCGCUGGAGGUGCCUCUGGCGGUCGUCAGGACGCUUCUGGCCCUGCUAAACCUCGCCGCGGGGUUCGCGGGCACCACGCUGCGGCGCCUGGAGGUCGCGUGCGCGCGGGCGAUGGGCGAGAGGCCGAGGCCAGGGUGAGGCAGGGGCGGCUCGAGGCGGAGAGGUUGAGAGUGGAGGGGGCGGAGGCGGGGAAGGAUCUGAUUGGGGAUAUCGUGAGGAAGUGGGAUGAGAAGAAGAGGGCUUGAGCGAUUCGGUCCCCGUUCGUCGUAACAGUAUGGUCCCUCCGGCGUUUGUUCAUGGAGGAAAGGGUGUCGGGUUACGGCGAGGAGACGUUAUAUAGAACGGCUUAAAGACCAGAUGCAAAAUAGAUCUAUAAUUUGUCCCUGAUGCGAGACCUCGAGGCCCAGCUGCAUCUCUGGCCGGCGGGUGCUGACCGUCCAG